GCGGACGUUCAGCAACGGCGCUGCAGCUUUAAUUUAUAACAGAACGAAAGAAAAAAGAAAAACAAGAAAACGCUACUUAACAACUGUUAAUUUGAAUUAGUUUGUCGUAAACAUUUAAGUGGCUUGGUUGCAUUUGGCAGGCAGUACCGUUACAAGUGCACCUAACCUCAAAAAAAAGGGCUGCUCAAGAUUUGCAUUAAAAAUUCAAGAGCAACCAUUCUGCAGCAACAACAAAUUGCAUAAAAGUAAUGCAUGUCGCCUGAUUAUACACCAAUUCAAGAUUGCAUUCGUCCACUUGCUCCACUUGAUGACAUCCAGGCAAUUUCUGAUCUUUGUUCUGUUGCUGUUACCAUGGCCGCCAUCCAACGUCAUCAAGAUACUCUGCUCGCGAGAUAACAGCCGUCUGGUGCGCAAGAUUGUGCGCUCCAAGUGGACGCCCAUAUUGGAUAAGCAUCAGGUGAAGCUGCCCUUGGAGUGUCCGCUGCAUCCGCUGAGAGAUGUGUUUGCGCCGCGUCAGGAUGAGAAGCAGCGGGAUCGGCCCACACAGUGGACCUGUCGGCUUUGUGGCAAGAGUUUCUAUCAGGAAAAGUAUCUGGACUUGCACUUUGAUACGCGCCACAAGCACAUCAUCAAUGAGGCAGAGGAGGCCGUUUGCCUGGCCGACUUUUGCGAUAUAAUGCGCUGCGAGGUAUUCCAAACGGAGGACGCUUCUAGCCUUAAGUUUGGGGAUCAGCACAUUGUCACCGAUAUCGAAGUUUGGGGUGACUCUCUGGGUCAGAACUCCGCACUGGCCAAAGCGAAUGCCGCAUACUUGAGUUUAAUACCAAGAACUUCCACAUUGAGUGCCACACGUGCAGCUAAAGUACAAAAUCGUCAAUUACUCCAAGAGAAGCCAAGUCCCAGCAAGGAGCAACCGUUGGCCGCAGAUGCCAACAGCGCCGAGGAUGGCUCUGCGGCUAAGCCCAAAUCCGCCGGUGAGAAGCUGCUAAUGAAGCUAAAGGAGUUGAGUCAGACGCAUCUGAAGCGUGCGGCACAGGCCGCACCGGCGACCGAGUCCAAGAAGAACGCGACAGCGGAAGCGGAACAGAGCGGCGACGGAGAGGGCAGCGGUCAGCCAGAUGCCGCCAAGAGCUCGGACGCUGGCAACGGCCAGGCCAAGGUGCGCGUCAACUGCAAGCCGGAGGAGCUGAGCAAGCUGAAGGCACGCUGCGAGCUGCUGCUACGUAGCUGCAUUGGCGGCCUAUUGCUGGCUAUGUCGGAUCAGUCGUUCAAGGAGAUGGAGGAGGAGAUGAACAAGGCGGUCUGCUGGUAUCUGACAUGCGAUCGGUACUGGGAGGAUGGCCCGCUGGAACCACGUGCCUUUCCCUGGGGUCUAAUUGUCAUACUCAUAUUCGUGCUAUCGACGGGCAUCUGUUUCUGCUACUACAUCAUUUGGAUACUGUUUGACUCCGAAGAAACGACAAUCAAUGCCAACCACUAUGCCGGCGUCGGAACCGGCGGCAGCAUAUACAUGCCCCAUCCCUCGCACCACUACCAGCACGACUAUGCCACCCAGCAAGAGCUGCAGCUGGACGCCGGCGCGACACCUGGUCGGACUGCCGACCUACAGCAGCAGCAGCAGCAGCAACAGUUCUACUACCAGCAACAGCAACAGCAGCAGGCGCGCGACUUGUACCCCGAACCAGUGCAAUAUCAUCGGCACAGUCCGCGUCACACGUACAUCGCCGAUCAGUGUCCAGCGGCGGGGUCGGUGGUGGCGUCGGGGGGUCAGGGCACGCCAACCAGCUCGUCGGCAGGCGGCCGGCAAGUGGGGGGCUCGUCAUCCAACGCCAACACGCCGCUGCAUCGACACUCGACCAGCCUGGUCUACCCACAGGACAUUUUAGACCGACGCGACUAUACAAAUAGCUCCGGCCGGCCCAUAGCCACAAGCGUGGUGAGCAAUGUCAGCACGUCUGGUGGUGUCUCUGGUGAGCCGCCGCGUCACUACAAUACGCAUCCGCGGCCGCUGGACACGCGACACCGUCAUGUGGGCGCCUCGCAGCAAUCGCUGCGUGGCUCCUCCUCCACGCACGAGAUUGUGCAGAGCGAGGUAGGUGGACAGAAUGAGCACUACAUAUAUGUCACCUAUCCGCCGGAUCUGAAGAAGCGCUACUUCGACAAGUACGAGUAGAAAGAGAGACCAAAGAGUUGCAGAGAGCGACAGCGUGAGAGAGAGAGAGAGAGAGAGAGAGAGAGAGAAGGAUAGAGCGAGAGAACAACCUAAACCCAGUUGGUUUUUUACUUUAGCCUGCAAAUUCUAGAUUUGUGAACUGUGCUGUAUUUUUGAAUUCUACAAAAAAAGAAAACAAUCGAAUAAA